AUGCGAUGCUACUCCUCAUACGCGGCCCCUCACCCCUACUCAUUUCACAUUGGCGUCAGCUUUGCACCCAAACCACCCAUUCGCUACCCAGGAGAGCGACCUCGUGUACCCUUUCCCUCCGACGGCAUCAUUGGCUCGUGGCGAAACAAGAUGCUCUCACGACCCAAGAAGGUCCAGACCAAAGAGUGUGGCGAGGAUUUCUUCUUUCACAAUUCAAUGCGCAAUGGCUCGGGCAUUUGUCUCGGGGUAGCAGACGGAGUAACUGGGUGGCUUGAGAGUGGUGUAGAUCCUGCCAUAUUCUCCCAGGCACUCAUGUAUCACGCCCACCGUUAUUCAAGAAGCGCUUGGGCCGGCGAACCCGAGGUGGAUCCAGCCUUAGAUUACGAGGAACGAGAACAAGUGGAGGGCUGGGAGCUAACACCAUACGAGUGUCUCGACCUGGCAUAUGGGGGGGUUUUACGCGAAAAAUUCGUUGAAGCUGGGUCCAGCACCGCCUGCAUACUAAGCCUCAAUGCCCAGAACGGCCUACUACGAUCAGCAAAUCUUGGCGACAGCGGUUUCUCGAUAAUACGCUCCUCCUCGAUUCUGUACACUCAACCUGUUCAAACACACUUCUUUAACUGCCCAAAACAACUAACAAAAUUGCCCCCACCCUCAGGGAAGCGUUUUACGCGUGCCUGUGUCGACUCCCCCCGCGAAGCUGAAACCCAUCGAGCGCAACUCUGUGACGGAGACAUCGUAGUUGCUUAUACAGAUGGAUUCUCAGACAAUGUCUUUAUGCAUGAAAUGGUCGAGAUCUGCUCGUCCGAUCCCGAGGUCGAUGAUUCGCAUGACGCGCAAGCCCAGUCAAUGGCAGAUCGGCUGGUUAUUCAUGCCCGUGAGUGCAUGGCUGCUAAGACGAGGGUUAGCCCGUUUGAACGCCAAGCUGCGCGUGAAGGCAUGUUCUUUCCAGGCGGGGUACGUCUCGAGUACUUCUUUCCACAAAAUAACGCACAAUUGACCAUUCAAGUGCAGAAACCGGACGAUGUCACGGUUGUGGUUGCUUUGGUCAGCGAAAACCAAGUCCAAGGGUCAGCAGGCCUUGCGGGCGGAGUCCCAGCUCGUCAUGACGCCACUCCGCUACCGUAUAUAAGGUCUACGCUGCACUUUGAGCUUCAAUUACCCACUAUGAUUCUACUUUUCAUUCUCGCUGUUGCAGUCUGUUGUGUGACUGCCCAGCAGCAGCCGCUUGGGACACUGCACCGUAGAACGUAUCUUUACGCCGGUCAGACCUAUUUCCCUGGAGGCAAUUCAUCCCUUGCCGCAAAUCAAAUCUAUGCCGAACGGCUUACCCCUGCGACGGUAUCGCAGCCUUUCCCUCUGCUCAUAAUCCAUGGGCAGGGUAUGACCGGGUCCAACUUUCUCAACACCCCCGACGGACGACUCGGUUGGGCGGACCAUUUCUUGAGCAAAGGGUACGAGCUGUACAUCGUCGAUCAACCUUCGAGAGGUCGUUCUGCGUGGCAACCCACCAUAAACGGAGCCCUGCUUGCAUUCGACACGUUAACCGUAGAGUCGCGGUUUACGGCUCCUGAAAAGCAUCAUCUCUGGCCUCAAGCAGCCUUGCAUACGCAAUGGCCAGGCAACGGCUCUAUGGGCGAUCCCGUUUUCGAUGCUUUCUAUGCCUCGACGGUGCCCUCGAUCAACAACAACACAGAAGAAUCCGUUCACGUCAAAACUGCGGGGAGCCAACUCCUCGAUCUCAUUGGGCCUGUUAUUUUGAUGACCCAUUCCCAAGCUGGCGAGUAUAGUUGGAUACUGGGUGAUUCCCGACCGAGUCAAGUGAAAGCCAUUGUUGCUCUGGAGCCUCUGGGGCCACCAUUCAUCAACGCGAUUUUUCCGCCCUUCACACCCGCUCGCGAGUUUGGGGUCUCGGACAUCGCAUUGACAUAUGAUCCCCCCAUAACCUCUUCCUCGGAACUGUCACGACGCGUUCUAAGCCAGAUACCCAAUGUGACCUGCUUCGAGCAAGCUGCUCCAGCCAGGAGGUUGACAAACCUCCUUCAUAUUCCCGUCUUGGUAGUGACCUCAGAAACUAGCUACCAUGCGCAGUACGAUAACUGUACAGUCAAUUACCUUCGACAAGCAGGAGUUUCGGUUGAACAUGUCCAGCUAGGCGAAGCGGGGAUUCAUGGUAUGUUGCUCUCUUUGCGUUUGAGUUUGGAGGCUUGA